GGCUUCUCAUCGCGCCCUCCUCCUCCUCCUCGUUGGUGGUGGUGGAGGUGAAGGUGGUGGUGAAGGAGGAGGAGGCGUUGUUGGUGGUGGUGGUGGUGAAGAAGGAGGUGGUGGUGGUGGAGGCGGCGGUGGUUUUGGAGUCUGGGGCGGAGCGGCGUCUGAGAAGCGAAUGCGGAAUUCAGACUAGAUGGACGAGACUUGGCCAGUCAUCUUAGCACGCCCCAUCCACCGCGUCACGGCUCCUCAGGCUCCACCGCGGCAGGCCACGGCACCAGGAAACUAAACACAGGCCGACUCUCCUCCCCAGGCCGUGCCGCCAUCAUCUUGCGGAGACGCAUGGGACGCCUCCGGCAUCGGACGGCACGGGACAACCUGGGCGGCCCUCGCCGGACGGUCAUGAGGAGCGCGGAGCCGCGCUCCCACGCUCUACCGUGAUGGACGGUGACGGUCCCCGCCCCUCCCGGCUGCUGGCGGCACUUGCGCUGGUGGCGCUUGCGCUGGCCGUGCUGCCGGCGCACGGAGCGGAGCACGGCUCCGUGGCGCGGCACGCCAUCAAGCUGCACCGUGGGCGCGAGGCGGCCGCACGAGCUGUCAGGAGCGGUGGCGGAGCCAACGGCGGCAUUAAACAGUGGGCGUGUGGCCGGCUGGCCACUCUGCUCAAGCACAAAGCCCAGGUGAUCCGUAAGCUCAACUCGGCGAUCGGCGUGGUGGAGAAGGAUGGCAAGAUUUCGCCGGAGGAGAAGCUCUUUCAGGUGCACACGCUGGAGAUCUUCCAGAGGGAGCUCAACGACAGCGAGAGUUCCGUGUUCCAGGCCAUCGUGGGCCUGCAGCGCGCACUGCAGGGCGACUUCCGGGACCUCCUCAACAUGAAGGAGAGCAGUCGCCAGCGGUUGGAGGCCCUGCGGCAGGCGGCCAUCAAGGAGGAGCAGGAGUACGUGGAGCUGGUGGCGGCGGAGCGGCGCGAGGCGGAGGCCCUGAAAGUGCGAGCGCUGCGCAACCGCAGCCUCUCCAUGCUGGACGGCGUGCUGGAGGACGUGCGGCGUGCCGCCAACCGCCUGGAGGAGCGCAUCGAGGAGCACGUCUUCGACAACCAGGAGAUGGGGAAAGGCGCCAACGUGGAGGCGGUGUGGCGGCUGGAGGAGCCGGACGAGGACAGCGUGGGGAACAUGUCGCGACGCGAGGCCGGCGGGGAGGACCUGGGCCUGAGCAUGCUCAUCGACUCGCUCAACAACCAGUACGUGCUCACCAAGCCCCGCGACUCCACCAUCCCGCGCUCCGACCACCACCUCAUCACGGACAUCGUUGCCAUCGUGCUGCUGUCCCUGCCGUGCGGGUGGCUGUGCAUGCUCAUGGGGCUGCCCUCAAUGUUCGGCUACGUGGUGUGCGGCGUGCUGCUCGGCCCCUCCGGCCUCAACGCCAUCAAGGCCAUCGUGCAGGUGGAGACACUGGGGGAGUUUGGCGUCUUCUUCACGCUCUUCUUCGUGGGGCUCGAGUUUUACCCGGAUCGGCUGCGCAAGGUGUGGCGCGUCGCUCUGCAGACCCCGCUGGCCAUGAUGGUGCUGAUGCUGGGCACGGGGCUGCUGUGGGGCCACGUGCUACACAUUCCACCCAACCAGAGCCUCUUCAUCUCCGCGUGCCUCUCGCUCUCCAGCACGCCGCUCAUCUCCAAGUUCCUGCAGGCGGCCGGCGCGCGGCCCGACAAGGAGGGAGACGGGGACUACAGCAGCAUGCUGCUGGGCAUCCUGGUGGUGCAGGACAUGCAGCUGAGCGUCAUCAUCGCGCUCAUGCCCACGCUCGCGCAGGCCGGCACGGCACACCCCGCCAGUGCGCUGUGGGAGUGGGUGCGCGUGUCGGGGCUGGUGGGCCGCGUGCUCGCGUCCAUGGCCGGCGUGCUGCUGCUCUGCGUGCUGCUCCGGUCGCGCGUCAUCGGCCCCUUCUACCGCCGCCUGCACAGCGCCAGCGCGCGCGCCGGCAGCCCCGAGCUGCUCACGCUCGGCCUCUCCGCGUUCAUCUUCGCCAUGCUGCGGGUGACAGAGGCGUUGGAAGUGUCGAUGGAGCUGGGCUGCUUCCUGUCGGGCGUCCUCGUCUCCUCGCUGGGCCACGUCGUCACCGAGGAGGUGAGCAGCUGCCUGGAGCCGAUCCGCGACUUCCUCGCCAUCCUCUUCUUCGCCUCGAUAGGGCUACACGUGUUCCCCACGUUCGUGCUCUACGAGUUCUCCACGCUGCUCUUCCUCACCCUCUUCGUCGUCUUCGUCAAGUUCGCCUUUGCGUCGGCGGUGCUGUGGGUGGUGCUGCCGCGGGGCAGCCGCUACCUCUGCUGGGUGGUGGCGUCGGGCCUGGCCCAGGUCAGCGAGUUUAGCUUCGUGCUGGGGAGCCGUGCUCGCCGCGCCGGCAUCGUGUCCCGCGAGGUCUACCUGCUCAUCUUGAGCGUGACCACGCUGAGCCUGCUGCUGGCGCCUGCGCUGUGGCGCCUGUCCCUCGCCCGGUGCCUGCCCCCCACGGCGGACCGCAGGGUGGCAGCGUGACGGACGGCGGCCGCCACCGCAGCGAGCCGCGCUGCCAUGGCGCAGGCUGCACCAGAGGGCCCACGGCACUCCUCACCGGCACUCCUGACCCACACUCCUCACCGGCACUCCUCACUGACACUCCUCACCGACAUACCACCAACCCCACAAUACAGUACACAUUUUCAGCUCCACUCCCUGCAUCACAACAUUUGUCUGCCACUCUCAAACUCCAUCAGACCUGCACUCCAAUCUUAAACGCCGACAGCUGCACACCACCACAACCACACCAACCGUACACCUUACACCCUGAUACACUGCACAACCCACCUCACACUGCACGCCACACCUCACAUUCCACACCUCACCCCACACGCACCCCCCAGGGGGCGAGUGAGACUCCCUGGGGACCCAGCGGGCUCCGUGAGGCGCUUGCCGAGAACGCGGCUUUCAGCCGGACACGGUCACCCCUGGUGCCCGGGAGAAAGAACAUCACAAACACAGCAGGACUCACGGAAAGCACUUUGCUGCGCACAGGCUGCCCGAUGCAGGCCCUGCGUGCGCGACGGGGAAUUCCACACGAGAGAUAUUCUAAUUUGGAACCGGUGGACUGCGUUUACAGCUCGGUCGGAACCGCCUCGGAUCAAAAUGUCCUGCGACCGGCGGCAGGGUUUCGUUUGGGUUCUCGUUGCGACAACACUCGUCGUCGUCGUCGUCGUUAGCGGAGACUGGAAGCCGGGAUCAAAUGUCCGCGAGCGGCACGAGGACGCGCGGACCAAACCCGCGGGAAACUGGGAACAGCGCGUCCGUGCCCACCGCCCCCCACCCCCCUCGUGCGUUCGUCCGCGCGGACCCCCGAGUUGUGCAAUACGCGGCGAGCGAGCGGCGUGUGAGGCAAGAGGGGGCGCGUGCCAAGAGUGACGGUCGCCAUGGUGCCCCCCCCCCGCCCCCUCCUCCAUCACCUCUCGCCGCCGAUUCGCCGAUUCACGUUUGAUGCAUAGCCGGCGUAGGAAUUCUGCGCAAGCCAUUGCUGUUGCUGUUGGGGAAGUGGUUUCCUAUAGGUCCAGAAAUCCUUGAUGAGCGAGGUUAUUCCAAGCGCGCGUGCCCAUGCAUGGGCGUGUGUGCGUGUCAGAGUAACGGUCGUGUGUUGCAAUAUUCGUCGCGUCAGGGGACGCUGUAAACAUUAAACGGUCCACCGUAAGAGCUUGCGCUUGGACCAAACGUGAAGCUGGGAUAUGUGGGCGUGCGAUGCAUCUCGAGAGGCACACGGGCGUAGUAAAAUCCUCGUGGUUGAACUACGCGGCGCUAAUGUGGUUGACAAGCCGUUGAAUGUAAUAAGAUAAUGGCCACUAGUUUCGCCGAUGGUGGCGUGGGUACGCUAUAUUGUCAGGUGUACGAUUGCCUAACCGAGAUAGCGUUUAUACUCGCCCUGGCCGAAGCAGGUGCUUAACCUAUCGGCCGGCUUUAUGACUCCAUUGGCGCCCGUGCUGUGCGCGUCCAAGACACGCGAUAACUCGGCCGUCGAAUAUUCGUGACCGUGUUUUCAUUCGAAGGAUCGACUCUUGCAUUGCAUUCCAGUGGGGAUGGACUCGGCACUCACGUGCGACGGCAUCUCAAGAGCGUCGCGCAGGAACCGUGGUCGUAGUUUUCCUUUAUGCAAGCAGUGGGCGAGCGAUCGGCCAGUUGAGAUGCAUGACAAGGGUGACCAAGGUUGCAUCAAGUCAUUGAGAGUACAUUCGCAUUUAGGAUCCGUGUUUGUUUUGUCGAACGAAGCAGUCACGGCCGGAGGGAAGAAGGGGGAGGGUCCUGUUUUACAAACCUCGUCGUUUGUACCGUUGCUCAAGUUUCCGUCUCCUCCGUGCAGUUUCGUGUCAAAGUCAGUGUGAUGAUGCACGUGUCUUGAGCCGUAAUUUAUUGAUGACGAGAUGCAUGGUCGCUGGAUAUCACUGCCGCUCAGAUUAUCCAACGCAGCGGUCUGUAUGUGAGCAGCGUGACGUUAGCCUUUGCCGAAUCGAUCUGAUCUGGAACGCCAUCGCGCUUCGUGGCAAGCCGCGGCGACGCAUCGACGGAGCCGUCACGCUGUCUCCCGGCCGAGUGCGUUUUUCUCGCUCGCUCUGAGACGGCAGGUCGUCGAUGGGGGUGCGUGCGCACGCACGCCGCAGGAUGGACGCGUGGGAGGGGAGAGGAAAGUGGAGGGGUCGGUUUCACGGUGUUCAAGUUGGGGGCAUCUGAGCGGCCGCUGCCGUUCCGACUGGUCCUCAGUCUGGCUGAGCACAUGGCCGGGGGAGGGCCCGUCAGCCCCACCUUUACCCGGUCUGCCCCAUCGUCCCACCCUGAGGACCCUGACCUCACGAACGCGAGGCUUUGGUAAAUCUUGGACUGUUGAUGUGGUGACACUACGUUGGCAGCGGUGCACCAAGCACAAUUAUAAAUAAAUAAAAACACUCGACACAUCCGCCACUAAUAGGCGACGUUUUGCGCAGUGGCCCGGAUAGAGAAGCCACUCUGGCCUCUGUGCUACAAAGCGUCAUUGCCUAAAACGUCGCCUGUCGCAUACUUGAGUAUGCAGAAUCUGUUGUUUAAAAAAAGCUGUAAAUUCUCAACUCUCCAGGUGUUCACCUACGCCGGUUUUAAGGCGCCGCAGUGGUGGUGGAAUGAUUCACUCGCCGCCUCUCUCCCGCGACCCGAUGAAUGGUUUCUAUCGAGGCUCGUCACUCGAUUGCGCAACACGUUUAAACAUCGCCGUGAAUGGUAGCGGCCGCCAGUGGUUGCACAGGGGUCACGUGCAGAACAACGGAUGUGGACAUCGCACACGAACCGAACAGCGUCGAUGCUCGCGCGCGUGACGUGACGCAUUCGGCGUGAGAGCAACAAUCAAUUUUCAGCGAUGAGUCGAUGCAUCAUCGCACCCCGAAGCUGACGCGUCAAGUUCAAUGCGCAGCCACGAUUGCGACUUAUUCUGCAGAAGUGCAAUUGUCAUAAAAUCUCCAGACUGUCGUAUGUUUGGCUGUUACGGUCUCGGAAUUGUUCGUGAUGAGCAUGACGAUGUUUUUGUUUGUAUCCAUGUUAUUGUUACUCUGUGCUUGUCCACCAGUGCCAGUGCAGACCCGCAGCGAAUGAUUGGGUUUUGAGAAAGCUCGCCCCGCUUUGAGCACAGCGGCGCACACGGCCAGAGCUUUAAUUUUGCACUGAAUAUUUGUUUCGGGUCGUUGGUUUAAGGGUGGGAUAUGUGGCACGCGAAACUCGUAGCCGCAGCCAUGGAGAGGAUGAACGUGGAUGCGGUGUGCCAGGUGUGUAAAUAUUUCCCGGGUGGCCAAAUCGGACCCCGGCUGAAAUGGAAUCGGUGGUGGCCGGGCAUACGAUCCUGCCCUUGAAGACGCAGGUGCGUGCAUCUAGGGCGCGUGUCGAAGUGCGGAGAGGCGCGUGCAGCCAGGAUUAAAGUCUACGAGCCGGGCGUUGCUGAACUGAUUGGAUCUUUUUGUUGUUUAAACUCGCACACGAUUAUGAAACGGGUCACUCCCCGCAUGACUCGCCUGCGGCUGCAGCCAAAACCGCUGUUGUAGCCACGAGAUGUUGACUCAAAGGCUUCGGGAGAGAGCGCUGUGGGCAGCGCACAUCAAAGAGGCUCCUUUUGCUUGGCUGGGAACGGUAGCUGCUUGAAUUCGGUUGCCCAUGGCGCGCGAUUCCAGGACGUUUAUCGCAAAAUUGAUCCUCGCAGUGGCUAUUGCUACGUGACGGGGCUCGCACAGGAGUGAUGGGACGUCGGUGCACGAUGCUGCUGCUGCUGCUGCUCUACCGGUGUCACUCCCAGGUGUACAGGCUCCGAAACUGAGGCCAGAGGAACUUGCGCACAGUUGAAUGCUCUGCACUUUCGCCUGCGUGCCGACACGUGGACAGGGUGCAAUAUCGGACCGAAUAUUCUCCCGGGCGCUGGGAGACCGGAGGUGGCACGUGACGAGUCGCCACGGUCAUACCAAGAGACUUGACACACUACUGGAUGUGGUGUGUGCCGGUUACGGAAACACUUUUACUGGUAGGAACCUCCUGGUUACACCAGCCCACAGGG